AUGCAUCGCGUUGCUUUGACAAGUGCGUGGUCUUCAGAUGUGGCAAGUCUCAAGGACUUGGCAGUCAUGUGCGAAAACGAACAAUACUUGCAGCUUUGCCGUGUGUUGUUGGGACAAGAACGUCCUUCCUUGGACUCCUUGAAUAGUGCUAUGUCUGGGAACUUAGUGCGUGUCAUGAUGCCAUGCAAAUCCGUGCGGAAGCUUUACGGUCCCGGCUGCUCCUUACUGCACUUGACCGGUCACCUGGCUGCUCACCCGCUUUACCGCUUGUGCACAGUGCGUGCUUUGCCACAGGUGGUCAAAGGUGCAGAGGCGUUCACAUCGGACAGUUGGACUGCGCUGCAAAGGCGGAUGGUCCAGCUAUGCGAAGCGGGCAGCUUGGUUGAUAGGCCUAGCGGCUCUCCAGAGGUGAGAUCCACCCGCUGCCGGGCAGUCUCGGCAUCAGCCUUCCUCUGGGGAGAUGAUCUUUCGGAAGCCUCUCUGGAACCCUUGAAGAAGAUGCCAUUGUGGCAGCACUCUGUGGAUGGGAUGCAGGUCCACGCAGAUGCUCACCAUGUCGGCGGACUAGACAGGAGUCUGGGUUGCAUCAGCAACUGCCAGGCGGUCUUGCCAGCUCUUAGUUCAACCACCAGCCGGGCAACAUCGAUGUUGAGGGCAUCCGCCUACUUACACCAGUACGAACGAUAUGGCUUGAGCCGAGAAGAGAUGAGCGAGGCAAUUCUGGUGAUGCUCCAAGUGCAGCAUGACUAUGAGCAGCUCUCGAGUGACUGA